UGGGUGAAGUAGGGGGGCUGGGAAAAUCAUGGAAGCAGAUGACUUAGAUUUCAACCCAUUUUACCAAGCUUUGCAGGAUCAAUAUCAUACUGCUUAUGAAUAUGCACAAGAAAAAUGUUACACUAUAUGUGUACCUGAAACAAGCAGUUUGGAAGGUGUGGAGAUUAACAACCGUUUUGUGGAGACACAUAUCUUGAAGCCAUCUCCUUUUUUUCAGGGACAAUAUUACACUGCUGGCAGAAAAGAAAAGGCAGUCUUUUUAGAUGAGGAUAUCCUGCAGACAGGAGAAGGUUUUUCCCAAAAAGUUACUGCAAAAGUAUUAGUUGAAGAAAAAGCCUACAACAAGGAAUACAAGCCAUUCAAGUUGUUGAUUGUAGAUCAACCACUUAUUCCAACACCAAGGUCAAAAAGAAACAGUGUAUUGUCCAACUUAAUUGAAAUUUUUACACCCAAGAAGACACCAACAGAAUGCAGAGAAUUUCUCCAAUCAUUCCCAGAACAUAAACAGACAUUAUCAAACAUAGACACAACAAUACAGCAGUUCAAGAAAAACUAUAUGGUGUUAAAGGACUAUAUGGAUGAUGCAGUGAAAAAAAUUGAAAAUAUUUGUGUGGAAGCUAGACAAAACCUUCUGCUUGUAAACCAACAUCCUCACAAGUCUGACCAAAGGUUUGAAGAUGCUCUUUCGGUAGCUGUAGAGAGCUAUAUAUUAUCAGAGCUGAACUCUAAAGUUUUCCCUGUGGUGUGUCAAAAGUGGAAGAAAGAAGACGAGCACUUACAAAAGAAAUGCCAAAGCCUAGAAGGCAUUACUGGUGAACAGCUUGGAUUGAAAGCAAAUCUCAGAUGUCCACUUCCAUCUGCAGUCAGUGAGAUGUCCAACCUGAAUCAGAAGUGCACACCACAUGAAAAACUGGUUUGCUUAAAAACUGUCUUGGACUUCAUUGCAGAAGAUAUAAAUAAACACUGUAUGGCAGGAUCACAAGGCUUGUCUGGAGACAACUUUCUCACCAGUGAUGAUCUGAUACCACUUCUAGUAACUGUGAUAAUAGAGAGUAAAAGUAGUCAUUUAUGGAGCAACUUGUACUACAUGGAACACUUUAAUUGGGCAAUGUCUACAAAAGAUGACCUGAGCUUCAGCUUGGUCACAUUUAAAGCAGCUGUGGAGUAUUUAAAAACCACAAAGUUUGAGCCAAUGAAGAAAAUGGAGAAAGAAAAACAAGCAAGUAAACAAAAUGCCCAAGUUACAAAACCAGCUGGUCUUCCACAUCUUUUACUGGCAAGCCCUGCAGACAAGAACAACCUGCCCUCUGGUGCCUCAGCAAUGGACAGGCAGCUGGAAAAAAUCACUAGGAUGCUGGAGGAAUCUACAAAAGAAUUUGCCAGUGUCGGCAGCCAAGGGUUGCCAAGACAUGGAAAAGGUUCAAAAUAUAGGGCAUCACCUAGUGCAAUUUCCCCAGAAAGGCAAGACAGAACUGAAAAAUUAGGAGAAUUUCUGUCAGCACUGCAGGAUGACAUGUUUGGUAACUCCUAUGGAAAACAAUCUUGACACAGUAAUGACUAACCUUUGUUAAAUGUUUGGCACAUACAAUGAAUAAAUGCAUACUCACAAAGAAGUAUUUGCUUGAGAAUACAACUUUUAUGUUAAGGUGCUAUUGUUGUAAAAGUUCAACAUCAGCAUGUUGUUUUGCUUCCCCUGUGUGCAAAUGCAUGUUAGAAAAUUAAAGUAUUGAAAAUUAAAAUGAAGAAUCUAUUUAUCAUAUUAUGCCUAGACUUCCUAGAUCAAAAUUGUUGGUUCUGGAGACUGGCUACGGAGGAAAACGGGUGCAGAUUAAUUUUGCAAAGGGCAUGAUUUUAAGAAACAUUGAGCAGUUUGUGGAACUUUCUUCAGAGAAUUAAGUGAGCUUCUAAAGAGAGAUUUUAGUUUCAUUUUUUUAUAACUAUUAUUG